CGUUGUGGUCGGAGCAGAAUUUGUUGUAUCUACCUGUGUGCGGACGGGACUCACCUGAAAGUGACGCGCGGCUCCGUUCUGGUCUCAGAGUCCGCUCGGGUUUCACUUCUUGUGCGACACAGGUGAAAAAGGAGCCUGUCGGCGUACUUUGGGGUAAAUAAUUAUCCCGACUGCUCCCGCCGCAGUUUACAGAGGAGCUGACAUGAGGAGCUGAGCCAAGCGGGAGCGGAGUGCGCCUACCGCCCGCCUCAGUCCCGAGACGAAAAAGCAGGCCUACAGGUGUUUCUGUGUUUUCCCCGUCUGACCUGGAGCCACGGCGCCGUGAUCAUGCUGGGAGCGGAGAGCAGACAAGAGAGCCGGCUCAAGAAGCUGGAGUCCCUGGUGAGGAACCCGCAGUCGGCGCUGAACUUGGAAACCCUGCUGGAUUCCAUGAAUGCCUUGGCUCAUGACUUGAACUUUCCUGCCCUCCGGAAAAACAAAAACAUAGAGGCCUUUCUGAAUCGAUAUGAAAAGACGGUGAGUCAGCUGCGGGAGCUGCAGGUGAAGCUUGAGGACUUUGAGAAGGUGAAGCUGAUCGGGAGGGGAGCCUACGGAGAGGUGCAGCUGGUCCGCCACAAGGCCUCGCAGAAGGUUUACGCCAUGAAGCAGCUCAACAAGUUUGAGAUGAUCAAGCGGUCAGACUCGGCCUUCUUCUGGGAGGAGAGGCACAUCAUGGCCUUCUCCAGCAGUCCCUGGGUGGUGCAGCUGUGCUGCGCUUUCCAGGACGAGCGCCACCUCUACAUGGUGAUGGAGUUCAUGCCCGGGGGCGACCUGGUCACGCUCACCAUGAACUACGACAUACCUGAGAAGUGGGCUCGCUUCUACACAGCCGAAGUGGUGCUGGCGCUCAACGCCAUCCACACCAUGGGCUUCAUCCACCGUGACGUGAAGCCCGACAACAUGCUGCUGGACCAGCACGGACACCUCAAACUGGCGGAUUUCGGCACGUGCAUGAAGAUGGACUCGACAGGCAUGGUGCACUGUGACACAGCUGUAGGCACACCGGACUACAUCUCCCCCGAGGUGCUCCAGUCUCAGGGUGGCAAUGGUUUCUACGGCCGGGAGUGCGACUGGUGGUCUGUAGGAGUCUUUAUCUACGAGCUGCUGGUCGGUGAAACUCCCUUCUAUGCCGAGUCCCUGGUUGGAACUUAUGGGAAGAUCAUGAACCACAAGAACUCCCUCAUCUUCCCAGACGAUGUAGAGAUGUCUCAGGAUGCCAAAGACCUCAUCUGUGCCUUUCUAACUGACAGGACGGUUCGUCUGGGCCGCACCGGCGUGGAUGAGAUCAAGUGCCACCCGUUCUUCAAGAACAACCAGUGGACCUUUGACAACAUCCGAGAGACUGUGGCACCAGUUGUUCCAGAGCUGAAAGGUGACAUAGACACCAGCAACUUUGAUGACAUAGAGGAUGAGAAAAGAGAUGCUGAGACCUUUCCUCCACCCAGAGCCUUUGUGGGCAACCAGCUACCAUUUGUCGGCUUCACUUACUUCAAGGAGGACCAGCUGCUGAAGGUAAAUAACAACCGCUCUGUGGAGGAUUCAGAGGACAGUAAAAACUCUGACGAUAAGGAGCACUGCUCAGAUAAUAAUAAGGAGCUGCAGAAGAAGCUCCAUCAGCUGGAGGAGCGCUACGACCAUGAGAUGCAGGCCAGAGAUGAGCUGGAGCAUAAGUGCAAAAAUGCCACCAACCGUUUAGACAAGCUGGUCAAGGAGUUAGACAAGGAGAUGAGCAGCCGGCAGAAAGUUGAGGCCUCGCUCAGGCAGCUGGAGAGAGAGCGAGCUCUGCUGCAGCACCAGAGCGCCGAGAACCUGCGCAAGGUGGAGAUUGAAAGUGACCGAAAACGCAGCCUGGAGAACGAACUGAACAGCCUUAGGGACCAGCUAGAAGAUCUUAGAAAGAGGAACCAGAAUUCCCAGAUCUCCAGUGAGAAGAACAUCCAGCUGCAGAGACAACUGGAGGAGGCCAACGCCGCGCUGCAGGCGGAGCAGGAGGCGGCAGCGCGGCUGAAGAAGAGUCAGGCGGAGGUGCAGAAACAGGCGCAGAGCCUGGAGGAAAGCCUCAGGGAGAUGCAGGAAAAGUGCAGCCAGCUGGAAAACAGCAAGUUGGAGCUGGAGAAGCAGCUGACGGGGCUGCAGGCCGAGCUGGAGGAGGAGAGGAGAGAUCGCAACCUCGGGACCGAAACUAUUACUGACCUGCAGGGACGUAUCUCUGGCCUGGAGGAGGAAGUGAAAGAGGUGAAGUCUUCCCUCUCCAAGGUCCAGGCUGAAAAGAAGCAGCUGCAGGAGAAGCUCAAUGACCUCGAGAAGGAGAAGAGCAACCAAGAGAUCGACUUGACGUUCAGUCUGAGGUCGCUGCAGCAGAGUCUGGAGCAGGAGGAGGCAGAACACAAGGCCACCAAAGCCAAGCUCGCAGAUAAAAACAAGAUCUACCAGUCCAUCGAGGAGGCCAAGUCUGGGGCCUUAAAAGAGAUGGAGUGCACCCUGCAGGACGAGCGCAGCUCGAAGCUGCAGGUGGAGGGGAAGCUGCUGCAACUAGAGAAGGACCACUCCAUGCUGGACUGUGACUACAAGCAGGCGCAGCACAAACUGAACGAGCUGCAGGCACAAAAGGAGAAACUCUCACAAGAGGUCAAGAACCUGAACUUGCGCCUGGAGCAGGAGAUCCACAAGCGGACUCUGAGCCAGAGUGACCUGAAGAUGCAGAACCAGCAGGUGUCGGUGCUCCGCUCGUCAGAGAAACAGCUCAAACAGGAGCUGAACCACCUGCUGGACAUGAAGCAAGUCCUGGAGAAACAGAACCAGGAGUUGCGCAGGGAGAAGCAGGAGGCGGGUGGCCAGCUGAAGGAACUGAAGGACCAACUGGAGGCAGAGCAGUAUUUCACGACCCUUUACAAGACGCAGAUCCGUGAGCUGAAGGAAGAGUGUGAUGAAAAGAAUAAGCUGUGCCAAGAGGCGCGGCAGCGACUGGCGGAAUAUGAGGAGGAGAGGGACUCCCUGACAGCCCAGCUGGAAGCGAGUUUGACCAAGGCGGACUCUGAGCAGCUGGCCCGCUCCAUCGCUGAGGAGCAGUACUCCGACCUAGAGAAGGAGAAGAUCAUGAAGGAGCUGGAGAUAAAAGACAUGAUGGCGAGACACAAACAGGAGCUCGUCGACAAGGAGGCCACCAUCAGCUCGCUGGAAGAGUCCAAUCGCACUCUGACGGUGGACGUGGCCAACCUGGCCAGUGAGAAAGAGGAGCUCAACAACCAGCUGAAAGAAAUGCAGCAACAGCUCCAGAAAGCCAAGGAGGAGGAGAAGCAGAUGAACUCAGUCAAAGUGUCCUUUGAAAGGCAGCUGCAGAAUGAAAGGACACUAAAAAUUCAGGCUGUCAACAAGCUGGCCGAGGUGAUGAACCGGAGGACGACGGCGCGAGGAGGCCACAGAGGCACCGACACCGAGGUGCACAGGAAGGAGAAGGAGAACAGGAAGCUGCAGCUGGAGCUGAGAACAGAGAAGGAGAAACUCAACAGCACCAUCAUCAAAUACCAGAGGGAGAUGAUGGAGAUGCAGGCGCUGAUAGCAGAGGAGAACCAGGUGCGCCUGGAGCUCCAGAUGGCGUUGGACAGUAAAGACAGCGACAUCGAGCAGCUGCGUUGCCAGCUCACCUCCCUCAGCGUUCACUCUCUGGACUCCACCAGCAUCAGCAGCGGCAACGACCUGGACGGGGGCGACGGAUACCCAGACUCCAGGCUGGAGGGCUGGAUCUCACUUCCUACCAAGAACACAAAGCGGUUUGGCUGGGACAAAAAGUAUAUAGUUGUGAGCAGUAAGAAGAUCCUGUUCUACAACAGCGAGGUGGAUCGAGAGCAGGCGAACCCUUUCAUGACCCUGGACAUCGAUAAGCUGUUUCAUGUCCGGCCUGUCACUCAUACUGAUGUGUACCGUGCAGAUCCCAAAGAAAUUCCAAGGAUAUUCCAGAUCCUGUACGCCAAUGAAGGCGAGAUUAAACGUGAACAGGAGGUUGUAGUGGAGCCCACGCCAUACGGGGAUCGUCCCUCUUACAUCAGUCACAAGGGCCACGAGUUCAUCCUCACUCUCUACCACUUCCCCUCCAGCUGCGAGGCCUGCACUCGGCCCCUGUGGCACGUUUUCAAACCCCCGCCGGCCCUCGAGUGCCGCCGCUGCCACACCAAGUGCCACAAAGACCACCUGGACAGAAAGGAGGAAGUCAUUGUGCCCUGCAGGGUGAACUACGACAUAUCCACUGCCAAAGAGCUGCUUCUGCUGACCAACUCUCAGGAGGAGCAGCAGCGCUGGGUCAGCCACCUCCUCAAACGCAUCCCGAGGAAACACCCGACAAUGAGUCCUCCCUCCGCAGCACAAAGCACCCCUCCUGAAGCGACGUCACGUUCCUCUCCACGAGUCUCUCCGCGACCUUCACCCAGGGGUUCGCCUCAUAUGUCGCCCCAUCGCGGUGCCAUCAAGAUCCAGCCCAGCAGACAGCAGCAGCCAUCGGGCAAGCCCAGUUAACCCUGGCUGAUGAAAGAUGUGUAUUUUCAUCUUUGUGGAUUAAUGGCCGCAGUCUGGACGCAGUGCCUACAUGUGUUAUUUUUUUCCUGGGAAGUAGACUGAAAAAAAAAAAGCUAAUCAAGGACAGCAACAAUCACAGAAACUGGCUGUCGUCG